ACCGUUAAUGGCACCCCUUUAUUUUUAUCUCCUCCUUCCAGCCUCGUCCUCGCAAGGCAGCGGCAAGUGUUGCUCCAGAGUAAAGGUAAGCUGCUCAAAAUUGCCCAAAGGAUUGUAUCGCUUUUUGCUACUCUUCAUUCGGUAUCAUUUUCAAGCAUCGCUCAUUUUUCGCCCUCCACUUCAGAUAAGCCUGACGUGGUUCGAAGGCGACUGCCGAGAGGAGCAGCGAUCUGCCCACUUCGGCCGCGAAUCAUCUCCCGUCUCCUUUAUCCGAUUUUCCCGCUUCUACUGAUGACGACUGAUUCGAGCCCUACCUCAAGUGUGCUCGCCCAUUGUCGCAGUCAAACAGACACAUCCGAUCGGUCCAUCCGACGCUUUCGAGACCCCAUCACCUUGGCAGACCCAGUAGACCAGACAGAUCCGGACAGCUUGCUGGACGGACUGGAUCACGACCUCAGGUCUCCCUCGAAAACAGUCACUACCAGGCACCCUCUUGACUCGACUCCGUCUGCAAGUGCCUCUUUUCUCCCAUCCACUACUCUCGCAUUCUCUCCUCUUCUCUCCUCUCGUCUCGUCUCUGAUCGCUGUUCCAUCGUCACUAAGGCGAACUGGACUGAGUCAGUUUGGUUGGACAGACCUACGAUGAUGAGGCAGAAGAGGCUUGCUCAUCUCUUCCCGUAUCAAAUUAGCCCAAUUGUGUUUGGCUCCUGCAUCGACUCCUGCAUUUUUCAUCAUCUACACCCACCUGUUCACACACACACACACCACACAGAUACAGACACACAGACAGACAAGAACACUGACGUGUUUGGAUGCAUUUUGAGUAGUAACUUUUUCCAGCUCUUUCUCUUCAACGAGAUGUAUCUGCGCUGUGAUGUCGCCAUUCACAGACCCGAACGAUUGCAAAGGCGUCCAGGUUACAAGAGGAGUGGAAGCCUGUCUCUGGACACCGUUGGUCAGCACCUCCUCGAGGCACAUGCACAAGUCUACAAUAGCAUGGGCUUCUCCUUAACUGCCUCUUGUCAGACUAGUUGGUCUCUUCACCUUGUGACAUUUCGGUUGGCCCGUCCAUCUGCCAAGCUGCGCCAUCAAGCUCAUCCCAAACGGCAGCUUACAUGUUUUCCUUAA